CGUCGCCUCCAACUCAGUUUCACCAUUGCGCCGUGAAAACCGGUCCGAAAUCUUAUAUACCUGUGACGUACACAAGUAUCCAGAUAUACUUGCACAUAUUAUUCGCCGUAGAUAUUACAUUUCGAAAGCGGUUUUCUCAUUUUCGCGUUUCGCCUCGACAUCCCCUUCGGCGAGUCGCGGCGGCUGAAGAGCGAAAAGCUACGAAGAGGAGAACUGGAAAAGACUUCGCAGGAGCAGCAAAUCCACGGCGAACGUUCGCCUUUUCCUACGACAAAUGCCGACGGAGAUCCUAACGGGGCUCGAUCCGCGAGAUUGUGCAGAUGCCUCGCAGUAACGGAGAGGAAGAUUUUCGAAAUUGAAACGUGAAAUUCCUUCCGAAAUUUCUCGCGACGAGAGAAGCUGACGCGCUCGCUACCGUUCUGCGACCCUUUUCCUCUUCUACUCGAAGGGACAAUCACAGAGAAUUGAAACGAAAACGGAUCUUCUUUAAGCAGAGUAUUUAGCAAACAUCUAAAAUGAAAGACACUAGCAGCUCGGUGGACAGCAGGCAGGGCUUGGAGGGUUACGUGAAUCACGGCUUAAGCGGAUCCACCAACAACGUGGAUCUCAAUCACUCGUUUCAAUCUCUUCACAAUUCGCACGGGAAUCGCGACAUACAGGGCUCGUCCGAUUUUAUCUUGAUCGAAGAGCCGGGAGAUGACGAGGUCAAGCAGAAGGAAAAUCUUCUGACGUCGUGGUUUUUGUACGCGAAGCGGCGUGCCAAGGCCAUAUGCACGAAGAAGACCCUUUACAAGAGGCUGCCGAUCUUGAACUGGUUGCCAAGGUACAAUGGCCAAGAUGCACUCGGAGAUCUGGUGGCCGGAAUCACCGUGGGUCUCACCGUCAUUCCUCAGUCGCUGGCGUACUCGAACGUCGCCGGUUUACCGCCGCAGUACGGUUUAUACGGCAGCUUCUUGGGUUGUUUUAUCUAUGUAAUUUUUGGAUCUUGCAAAGACGUACCCAUGGGACCCACUGCCAUAAUAUCAUUAUUGACUUAUCAAACAGUGUCUCACUUGGACUAUCCGGUGCCGCAUGCGAUUCUAUUGUGCUUCAUUGCCGGAAUCGUGGAGUUAAUAAUGGGUAUAUUUGGUCUCGGAUUUUUAAUAAAUUUCGUGUCCGGGCCUGUAAGCUCCGGUUUCACAUCUGCGGUGGCUUUGAUAAUUGUGACGUCGCAAAUCAAAGACAUCCUCGGUAUUCCUGCCAAAGGUUCUCAGUUUAUUGAAAUGUGGCAGAGUAUCGGCGGACUGAUACACCAGACAUCUGCCUGGGACGCUGCUCUUGGAGCAUCCUGCAUAGCAUUGCUAUUAAUUUUGAGAUUAUUAGCGUCGUGUAAAAUUGGCCCGAAAAAGGAGGAGCUUCAGACUACAAAACAUCGUGUCGCGAAUAAAAUCAUCUGGCUGAUCGGCACUUCGCGUAACGCACUUCUAGUAGUAAUUUGCGGUGUACUGGGUUGGAACUUCCAAAACAACUCCCCUGUCAGAUUGAUUGGUUACAUACCGGGAGGUAUGCCUACUGUACAAGCCCCACCGUUCGGUUUCACCAAGGAUGAUAACACGACAGUCACGUUUAUCGAGAUGCUCAGUAAUCUGGGUAGCGGCAUCGUCGUUGUACCGCUCAUCUCUCUAAUGGAAAAUAUCGCUGUCUGUAAAGCUUUCGCCAACGGAAAAUCGGUGGACGCCACGCAGGAGCUGAUAGCGAUCGGUAUAUCGAAUAUCGGAAAUUCCUUCGUGCAAGCUUUUCCGAGUACGGGUUCUCUCAGCAGGAGCGCAGUAAACAACGCUUCCGGCGUGAGAACGCCGUUUGGCGGCAUUUACACUGGUUUGCUGGUAAUUUUAGCUCUGCUAUUCCUCACCCCGUACUUCAGUUUUAUUCCGCGCGCCACUCUGGCGGCGAUCAUUAUCGCCGCGGUCAUCUUCAUGGUCGAAGUCAAAGUGGUGAGGCCGAUGUGGAGGACGAAAAAAUCGGACCUCAUCCCGGGGCUGGGCACAUUCAUCGCGUGCUUGGUGCUGCAACUGGAGAUCGGCAUUCUCUGCGGGGUCGGGAUAAAUAUUCUCUUCAUUCUGUACCACGCCGCCAGACCGAAAAUAUCCGUGGAGAAGCUCAAGACUCAUCACGGUAUCGAGUACCUGAUGCUAACGCCGGAUCGUUGCCUGAUCUUCCCAUCGGUGGAGUACGUCCGUAAUUUGGUGACCAAGUACAGCCGACGCGCCGAGAGCGUCGCGAUGCCCGUGGUGAUCGACUGUUCGCACAUCUACGGUGCGGAUUACACGGCCGCGACGGUAAUCGAGAUAUUGACGAAGGACUUCGCCAAGCGGGGCCAGCCGCUCUUCUUCUACAACCUGAAGCCGUCGGUGUACGCGGUCUUCGAAGGCGUCGAGCCCACGGAUUUUGUCGUUUAUUAUAAUCAGGAAACGUUGGACGACCUGCUGAAGGAGAAGGGCUGGAAGAUGAGGCAAACCACGUAGAAGCCCGGCGGGUAAUCGAAGUAUCCGUUUCCGAUAUCGUGAAAGGUGCAUUCGUACCUUCGUAGAGUGUUAUCCGUGGGGCUGUUAUCCGAAUGCCGGAUUACUAAAUACGCAAGAAGAUCGAGAGACUUUCGAACGAUUCUCGACUCUAACGCAGUUGAUCGACUCGAUCGCGAGGCAGUGCGUGAACCCCUUUUCAAAAUCAAAUCGCCAUGAAAGCGACAUUAUUUUAAAGUAGAUUAUGCAUUUACACGUCGUCGUUAAUUCAACGGAAUCUCCCUUAAGAUUACGCAACAGCGUAAACGACUGUAGAAAAUAUCGUUGACCUAAUGACAAUGCCGAAAAGUUCAAAAGUGCAAACUUAAAUAUAACUCAUUUAGGCUCUAGGCGAAGAGAAAUACCAAGUAAUUUCGGUUUCCGCGCGUGUAGCGGAAUCGAUCGGAGAAAGUAGGGAAAACGUUGAAGCACGUUUGCAUAUAUCUCGAAUAUAUUUCAAGUACAUAUGUGUCAGUAUAUGUAUAGAAGAGUGAGAGAGAGAUAUAUUAUAGAGAGCAGCUUGGAAAUAUCUUACGUGAUAGGAUAUUGCAGACAUUCCAGGAGAGCAACUAGGAAACGUCUGAAAAAUUAAAAUGCAGCUUAUAGCGUCUUUUAGACAUCUCAAAAAUCUCACAGAUUCUCGUUCAAAUUCUCGUCUCGUCUAAAUAUUUAUUUGACUUCGCGAUGACAUUCUGUGUAACGUUAUCAAAUCAAUAUUACGCGGCGUUUCUCGCUAUUUAAACCCCUUACACGCGCUAUAUGCGUUUGAGACUCGCGGGGCAUGAAGGAGUUUCCAUUGUACAUUAUUACGCGCCUACUAUUUCAUGCAAAAUAGGGCCGUCUGUAUUCUAGAAACGCGUGUACAUAAGUAUAAGUUCGAACGAUACUGUGAUAAUUUUAUAAACAAUGUCUGGCGGACAACUCGGUGGAGAGAUAUUUGUACAGCGGAAACAGCAAUCGCGACUUCCGUCGCGACGAGUUGUGUGUGUAUAUAUAUAUAUAUAUAUAUGAUGUGUGCGUGUGUGCAUGUGUGUGUGAGUGUGUGUUGUAUGAAUAUUGUAGAUCUCUCGUGAAUUUUUAAAAAUGUUCAUCGCAUCGAGGACGCGUGAUUCAUAGUCUCUGCACGCGUCGACAAAAAGUUUACAAAACGCAACCAAUUUACCGAUAUCGAUUCCUCGAUCGAUAUGCAAGAAAGAAACCGUUUUUUCCAUUAUAUCUCCGCAUGGUUUAAAAAAAUCUUUUUUUAGAAAAUGUUAUACAAUAUAAAAAUAGUGUUAUAUAUCUAACUAUAUAUAAUUUAUAAUAAUAAUUGUAAAAUAAUUGUCGCAUUAAAGUUACAACUGUAACAAACUGAAAUAAUGAUGUAAAGGUUUACAAUUUAGUUGUAUGUAAGUUGAAUAAACGGAAUUUUUUUAAGCGAUGCGGUAAUAUAAUAGCAAAAGCAAAAUGUUUUCACAUUCUUUCGGCAGCAAGAUGGAUUUAAUGCGGCUUGUUACUUCGGCGAGAUAAUGCCAAUAUUAAUCUGUAGAAAAGUAUUAUGCUGCAACUAUGCGCAAUUAUGUUACAUAAAAGAAGAUUAUAGAAUCCUGUGGUAAAUUACUUAAUAGCGCUGCAUCUGUCGAAGAUAAACUUCGUACACUCAAUAGACUUAUAAGCGGUUGAAUAAUGUAUAAAUUGCACAAUAGUUUGUUUUAUAUCUAUUAUACAUAUAUAUGAUAUAUUAUAUAUGUCAAUUAAUUUGUAACUAUACAUAUGUUAAUUUUCUUCGUCCCCCGCAUGAAGAAAUGCAAUUGGCUUCGAAACACUCUUCAAGAUCAAUACGUGUAAGAAUAAUACGUUAAAUAUUUAUUGCGAGAAAACAAUAAUCAGACUAUUUUAAACAGAGAAAUAGAAAAACAAUAGAAAACCUAAAAUAGUAUACUUCUAACGAUUUUCGCGGGACGAGAAGUCUAAUAAUAAUUUUAGUUCAAUUUUGAAGACCGUUAUCUGUUUUAGAUCGUCAGACUACCAUUUUUUAUACUACAAGUAAAAAUUGUGCAAUUGAACGACAGCCUUAUUAUAACGAUACAAUUACGAACAGUAGCUAAGUAUUAUUCGAAAGUAAUCUGAAAAUGUCGAUAUCAAUCGGAUAAACAAUCUUCAAAAUUGGUUGCAUUGCAUAUUUAUUACAAUAACACAGAUUGUUUCAACAGAAAAAAAAUUUUAAAAAAAUACUGUUUUUAGACAAAAAUUUAAAAUAAUAUACUUAUAACAAUUUUCUCGCGAUGAGAAAUCAAUAAGUUUAAUUAAUUAAAUGUUGGAGCUCACCAUCAAAUCAUCAUCUGUUUUAGAUUGUCAGGUUACCAUUUCUCAUAUUGCAAAAUAAGUAAAAUUUGUAAAAUUGUACAACUUUAAUAUUCGAAAAUGAUCUAAACAA